AUGCGGAUGUUAUGCCUGAGCCGGUGCGCGCUGCCCGAGCCGACGGCAUCACCGACGGACGCGCCGCCGGAGCCGCGCGAGGAGGCGCCGGCCGAGGACGAGCCGCCCGAGGGGUACUACGCCUUCGUCGAGUCGCCCAACGCCACGCCGCCCAGAGUGCGUCCGCCGCCGUACCGACAGGUGGCGUCGCCGUGCGCGGAGGCGGAGGCCAGCAAGCCGCACGUGUCGGCCGCCAACCUGUGCGGCGACCUCAACCGCGGCCUCAUCCCGCGCAACCCCAUGGGGCAGAACCCCAACGGAGAGCCUUACCCCUUCGAGCUGAUCCGCAACCAGACGCUGCGCUUCCUGUCGCGCACGCUGCCCGUGCUGCGCGCCGACGACACGCUCCCGCGCGUCGCGCACCUGCCGGCACCGCCCGCGCUGGAGGAGCGCAGUCGCCGUUCGCUGGAGGACUCCGAAGUACCGUCACACGCGCUGCGCGCCGAGCACCGCGGCAUUGACGGCGCCGACAUCGACACGCCACGGGAGAGUCGCAAGUUCUGCGACAACGGCGGAGUAUUCUGCAUGCUGUACCGCGCAAUCAACGGCGACAGCGAGUCGAGCGCGGGCGUGGAGCGGCGCGAGGACCCCGGGCCGCAGCCUCACGCAGGCGCCGCCGCGCACGCGCCGCAUCACCGCUACGAGGGCCCGCCCACGCCGUGCCCGGCGCGCGUGGAGUACGCGACGCCGGUGUUCGCGCGCAACUACCAGGGCGUGUGGCGCUACGUCGUGCAGAUACCCUACGAGGGGUACUUCACGCAGACCGUCGAGGUCACCAGAUGCAUGCAGUCGCGCUGCCACUACCUGGACGGCGGCUGCCUGAGCUCGCCGCGCUGGGUGUCGCUGCUGGUGGCCGAACUGCACUACCCGCCCACCCAGAACAAACACGUGCAGCCGGAGCCGGAGACCAGCACGGACAAACCGCCGCACUGCGACGGACACGACGAGAUGGGCUGCUACCAGGUUCGCCUGUACUACGACUGGUUCCUGGUGCCCGGCUCGUGCAAGUGCUGGCGACCUGACUACUUCGCGCGCUACGUGCGACGUCGCCAGAACAACGAACUGUAAGCCACACACGCUCACACACAUACAAUGCACGCAUUAAUGCUAAAUUAUUAUAACAAACGCACACUCAUUGCCAAUUUUAUGGAAAAAAGUUUCACAUUCUGGUAAAUCAUAACGUCGUCUAUAUAUACCAGUAUUCUAAUGAUAUCAUGUUUUAUUUGAAUAAUUCUUUGUAAGGACAGUUUUUAUUGGGUUAACUAAUUAACUAUUGUCCAUUCAUAAACAACAGUCGUUUUGAUUAGUUAUCAUAGUAGGUAUUUUCACAAUUUACACCAAAAGUCAUGUCUAUGAGAAUCUGACGAAAGAACUUGUCCAUGUCCAAGUCUAGUUUAAAUCUGUUGUAACGCGUUCUUCUAUGAAAAUUAUAGUAUUAUAUUGUUUAAUAUUAAAUUAAUAUAUUCCUAAAUUGUUUAAAUGUAAUGUAUGUUACGUUAACUUUGGUGCUACUGCUACUUAACGUUGUGACAUUAAGACUGUAUCUAAUAAUAAUAUUACGUUAGUAGGUACAUUUGUUCGUACCAAAAUAUUAUAUAGAACUAGGAGGUGAGAUCUCUUAUCGAAUUAGUAUAAAAAAUAAGUUAGAUUACAAACAAAAAAUCAUAUAUCCAUCCAAAUAGUUUUUCACGCUAAUUUCUUCCAAGGUAAACAUUGCAUACAGAAUGAAAAAUAAUGAAUAUUAAUGAAGUUCUCCCCCUCCUUGACGCCUGAAAUAAAUGGAUAAAUAAAUAAUCGUUGUAAUGUAGCUAGUUGUAAGAUGAAACGAAUGUAUGGAAGCUCAAAUUGCAUUUAUAAAUUGUAACUAUGUAAAGAUUAAAUAAUCACGUAACCAUGCUUUCUUCGACUUUCAUGUUAUAACUACAGACAGAUAACUCAACAGUUCUCUGGUCGUAGUCUCCGACUGCGUAAGUUUGAGAGAACAUGGUUUUCAAAAUAAUAUGCUAGGUAUAUUAGAUGUAUCCUCUAGGUUAGCAAAUAUUUAUUUAAACUUAGAUUUAAGUUGUUGUAGAUCUAUUAAUAAAGCACUUCGAAUUAAA